CUAAGAAGCUUCAUCCACAUUGUCCAACUCGGCCAACUUACUUGCGGAAAAGCGGGUCUGCUGACGACCUACUGUCAGGACUUGAUCUUUGGAGUUUGCUUUUCCGGGAUGCAACGGAAAGUUGGCACGGGCGAGACGGGAACCAAGCAACGUUGAUCUGGGUUGAUGGGUUGGGGUGAAUACAUGCAGACUUCUUGGUCUGACGAAUGGCAGAACAACGCCCAGCACACACUCAUGUGUGAGUAUGCGCUGCGUGUCCUGACGUGCAGCAGCACUGCACUUAAAAGUCGACUACUGGAGAUCCACCAGGAUUUUGGACUGGCGUUUGAUAAGAAGACGACAUGGAGGUCAGCUGGAUGUCGCUAUAUACACUUUUCUUCGCCCUUUGCGCCGUCACAGCCACCAACCGGUUCCACUGUGAAUGCAAUGGCCGAUCUGGGCAGUGCCUGCGGGACAAGCUGGGCCUGCGUUGUGUCACUUGCGAGGGGAAUAGUGAAGGCCGCCACUGCGAGCGCUGCAAAGAUGGCUUCUACCAGCAGGGAGCGUCACUGAGCUGCAUACCGUGUGGCUGCCACACCGGAGGUUCCAUUGGUACCAUGUGUGACCACAGGGGGCGUUGUACUUGCAAAGAAGGUGUCACGGGACAAAAGUGCGACCGCUGCCCAGAUGGAGCAAUCGGACCCAAUGGCUGCUUACAGAGGCGCCGACGCAGCGAAGAUUCUGGUGCUCCAUUGUGUUUCUGCUACGGUCACAGCAGCCAAUGUUCCCCUCAGUCCACUUACACAGUCCACAACAUCACCUCCAACUUUGCACUCGGAACAGAAGAUUGGAAGGCGGCGACUUCACAAGGCCUCACCCCAGCAGAUGUCCACUAUCGCUGGUCCCCAAAGCACCAGGAUGUAGAGGUCAUGUCCAGGAACAGUCUGCCGGUCUACCUGUAUGCUCCAGCUUCCUUCCUGGGCAACAGGUUGCUAAGUUACGGCCAGAACUUGUCCUUCUCAUUGCGUCUGGAUCGUGGCAUUCCACACCCGUCUAUGAACGAUGUAAUUCUGGAAGGUUCCGGUCAUAGAGUAUCUGCCUCGCUGGGCGACCUGCGCUCAGUGGUUCCCUGCGGACAGAAGCUCAACUACACCUUCAGACUGGACGAGCAGCCCGGAAGCAGGUGGCGUCCACAACUCUCCCCCUUCCAGUUCCAGACGCUCCUCCAGAACCUCAGCGCCAUCAAGAUACGGGCUACCUUUGGUGAUAGAGGACGAGGUUACCUUGACAACGUGAAACUGGUGUGGGCAAAGCAAGGGGAUGGCGUCCCGGCCAGCUGGGUCCGGGUUUGCGCCUGCCCAGAGGGAUAUGACGGCAACUUCUGCGAACAAUGCGCAACAGGUUUUAGGCGCCGGAAGGCCGCGAAUGGUGCCUUCAGCCCGUGCGAGCCCUGCAGCUGUGGCGGGGGUGACUGCGACUCGAACACAGGCGACUGUUACCCUGCGGAUGAGACACAGCGCUGCCCAGACGGGUUCUACUGGGAUCUCUGGACCAGAAACUGCAUCAGGUGUCCCUGUCCGGAGGGAGCAUCGUGCUCACUGGUUGUUGGAUCAGUGCAACCUAGAUGUAAUUUCUGUCCACUUGGAACCACAGGUGUUCGCUGUGACGAAUGUAUGGAGGGGUUCUAUGGCUCUCCUGCAGGGGGCAUUGGUGGGCUGCGACCAUGCCGACCUUGCGAGUGUAACGGCCACAUCGAUGUCAGUGUCGCAGGAAGCUGCGAUCGUAUGAGUGGAGAAUGUCUGAGGUGUGUCAACAACACCAUGGGACGACGAUGUGACAUCUGCUUGCCAGGGUUCUAUCACCGCAGAGUGGUCGACGCCUGCAGGCCGUGUGAAUGCGACCUUCGAGGCUCCGAGUCGCUCCAGUGUGACGAUGGUGGCCGUUGUCGCUGCAAGCCGGGCUUUGAGGGGGAAACAUGUCAGUUGUCCCGCGAAUGUCCCUCCUGUUUCAACUCAGCCAGAGACAAGGUGGACUUGUUGGCCGUCAGAAUGCAACAGCUGGAGGCGCUGAAUUCGCAGAUGGGCGGUGGCUUCAAACCCACUAACAACGCAGAAGUUGAGGCCAGGUUACGUGCCGCCCUACUGCUGGUCAGCGACCUGGAGGGCGACGUUGAGCGGCUGACAGACUUGGAUAAGCAACUGCAGCAAAGUCUGUCCUCCAUUGGCAGAGCACAACUGUCCGAGGAAGAAGACGUCCAGAACAUGGCAAACGCCACCGAUGACAUAAAAAAACGGCAGCAGACCUACAGGACCAAAGCGGAUCAGCUUAAAAAAUUAAUGGAUGACAUGAAACGCACACUGGACAGCGCCAAGGCAGACCUUCGAUCGGCUGAUGUUGCAGUGGGAGACGACCCGCUUGGUCCAAACCUUCUCUCUGAGUUUGCAAAGACGGCGACAACCUUGGCUGAUAAACAUCUAACGAAGGCGGACACAGUGGACGUGAGCGCCAAUGACGCUCUGAGCGACGCCAACAAAGGUUUGGAGUUGAUGCGCACGCUGGUGAAUGAGGAGAAGAAGGUGAAAGAUGUGAUUGGAGGCGUGAAAACUAUGUACGACAACAUGGCGGGUCGGGCAAAAGGCUUAGAGAAUGGGGCGGUCAAUGUGGGCAAUGAGGCCACAAACCUGAUGACCAUGGCAGGCGGCACUUUGAAAGACAUUGCCAAGAUGGAGAAAGACGUCCCGUCCGCCAUGAAGGAGGAGACGGACGCCAUGGCAGCCAAGUUGGAUUUCCUGAGAGAGGCCGCGGACGGAAAUCUGGCGGGUUUUGAGGCGCUGCAGGACAACAUCCAGCGAGACAAAGUCGCCACCCAGGAUCUUUUGGCACAGGGCAGAAGCACUCAGCAGGGCCUGAACACGCUGAUAGACAGAGUGAACACCGCCAAGGCUGACACUGAUGGUGCGCUACAACGCAUCAGGAGCAACACCGACAAGCUUGACGGCGCCCUCAACGCUCUCAGAGGCUUCGACCAGCAGAUUGAUAGCAAUAAAGUGCUGGCGGACGCCGCCAUCAAGCGACUUCCUAUCAUCAAUGCAACCAUCCAGCGAGCCGACAAAAACAAUGCAGAGACGUUAGCGUUGCUGAGUGGUGUGUCUGAAGACUCUGACCAGGCGAUGGCUUCCAUCAACAUGCUGGAGAAACUGAUCCCUGCACUGGAGGGAACGGCGAGUUCGUUACCAUCUCACGUCGGCCUCGUGAACAACGCCACUAAAUUAAACGACGGUGCCGAAAACCUGCGCACUCAAGCCGCCGAUUUCACCACAGAUCUGGCCGACAGGAUGAACGACGCUAGAAGACAGGGAGCAGAGGCCGAGGAGGCUCUUGGUGGAGCAGAAGAGGCAUUAAGUAAUGCCAAAUUGGCCAGAGACGCUGCAGGAAAAACGCUGCGAGACAUCACCAACGCGCUGGCCAACAUCAACCAACCGGGCACGCUGGACCCGAAACGUCUGCAGCAGCUGGAGGACUCCAUGGCAGGCAUCCGCGGGGAUGUGGAGGGUCAACUGAGGCCCCGGCUGAGAGACUUUGAGGCGCAGGAGGCUGCUCGGCGCCUCCAGCUGGACACCAUUAACCAGGACAUCGAGACCAUCUUAGCAGACGUCACCAACCUAGAGGACAUCCUGAGAGCCAUUCCCAAUGGCUGCUUUAACGGCGCCCCCACAGAGCUUCCGUGAGACAGGCGACUAUUUGGUCACGCUUGGCUACAGUCUCUUCUUUUCGUUCUCCAACAGGAAGUCACAUCUUACUUACUUACUUCAGCAACGGCAUGCACAUUUUGUUAUUUUUCUAUUUAUAUAAGAAUUUGUACAUACAUCUCUAUUUGCCUGCCAAAUAAUCAGGUGACCAAUCAAUAUUUAACUUGUAAUCUGUCAAAUAAAUGAAUGUAACAAAGA